AUGGAGAAACAAGACGAUGAUGACGAGUUCGGAGCAGCUAUCACCAUCGGAUCGGAAACAACGGAAGCGGAGAAAGAAUUUGAAAGAAUAUUAGAACAGUUGCGAGAAGCCGAAGGUCUCAAACAGUAUGCCGACGUGUACACUAAACUCUAUGAUUCGUAUUUCAAGAUGAAAGAAGAGAAUGUCUCUCAUCAAGAAAAACUUAGCAGCCUCAAGAACAGGCUAUCACGAUACGACGCAAUGGUGUCCGAAUAUUUGACUGAGAUUUCCGACUCCUCCAAAACCGUCGAGAGAUUAAGAGCCGAAAUCGAUGACGCUCGAGCGCUCGCCGAUGCGAUGCACGCGAGGGAAUUGGCUAGCGUCGAAAGUCUGGAAACCAUGAAGAAAACGGUGACACGGCUGGAGAAGGAACUUGACGCGAGGAAACGAGCUGGUGACGAUGAUGCCGGUGCGACGUCAGCAGUUAAAGAGAAAGAGAAGUUUGAAAAAGAGAAGGCUCGGCUACAGGGUGAGUUGGAUGGUGUUAAGCAAAGGCUGACCAACGCUCUGAGUUACAUCGAAGAACUGGAUCAGAAGAACACCAACGCUGAAGAGACGAUUGCUAAAAUGGAAGAACAGCUGGAGGAAGCGGACAAUAACGCUGUACGACAGAACCGUCUGGUCGAGCAUUUGAAGGGAGAGAGCGCGACGCUGAAGGCGGAAAUGGAAAAUCGAGGAAAUGCUAUUAACAGUCUUAAUGAUAAACUUUCAAAAGCCGAAAAAACUAUUGAACGCCGUGAUCGUCAACUUCGUGAUAUGGGAAACAAGUUGGAAGUAGCCCAAGAGGAGCAAGAAGCCGCUUUGCUCAAAGCUGCUCAGCUCAGACAACAGCUGGACGUCACUAACGCUGAGUUUGAUAAGGCGAAGCAAAAUCUCACUAACACUACAAAGGAGUUGAAGAAUAUGAUUGAUGACGGUAAUAGAUUACGCAACGAAGUAACUAAAUUAACAAAACAAGCGCUGCAACAGAUGAAGAAAUACCAGCUGCUGGAACAAGCAAAGGCUGGUGUUGAAUCUGAUCGGGAGAAUCUCCGCCAGCAAGUAAGCGUUAUGGAACGGGAAAUAAUGCUGGGCAAGAAACAGGCGGAGGCGGACCGACGAGAGAUAGAGAAUCUUAACCGGGAGAAGGAUAUCCUCAAUAAAAAUAUGCAAAAGAUACAGAACGAAGCUUUGGAAAAUCUGCAAAUAAUCAACCGUCAAGAGCAAAGACGUAAGCAGCUGGAACAUGAAUUGGACGCCAGUGCAGUACAGAUUAAUAAACAGCGCUUAAUAAUACGACAGCUAGAAAAGGACAAAGAUAGAAUGCUAGAGGAGACAAUUGCGCUAAAUGAAAAAAUUGAUGAGAUUUCUGAGGAAGUACGUCUGCGAACAGCAGACAUUCUGGAUCUGAAAAAGGCUUUACGUGAGGAGUCUCUGAAGGGGCGGAAAUUAUCCGUCGCUUUAGACACUACGCGCGCUGAAAGAAAUAUGCUACACAAGAAUUACACAGAAGCCCUUGAUGAGAUACUGGAUUUGAAACAAAAGCUUAAGAUGUUAGCCUAUCAAAUAGAACAGCUGAAAGAAGACAUAAGUGGUAAGGAAACCGGCUUAAAGACCUGCGAGGGGACGCUCGUAAAAUGCAACAAGAAAAACGAACAGCUUCGUUCUGAAGUACAAGCGGGGAUGACGAAGUUAUCCGAAGCGAAGGCGGAUAUUACGGCGUUGAGACAAGAAGAAGCGAGACUCAAUAGAAUUGUUCAGGAAGGUGACACAGCGAGAGCUAAGCUAUUGAAAGAGCUAGAAGGUUUAAUAAACGAACGGGACGUCGUCGGGGCGCAGCUCGUUCGUAGAAACGACGAGAUAUCUUUACUCUACGAGAAGAUACGUAUUUUAGAAGUAACGCUACACAGAGGGGAACGUCAAUACGAGCAAAGAGUGGAGGACAUCCGUCUUUUAAGAAUAGAAAUAAUUCGUCUACGCAAAGAGAAGAAUCUUCUAUCGAAAGGCAUAGAGAACAUGACAGAUUUAAGAUUAGAAGUUUUCAAUUUAGAGCGGGAAUUAGGUCGCGAGAGACUUCGCGUCCGUGCUUUAGAAGAAGCUUUGGAGACGCCACUAAACGUGCAUCGCUGGAGAAAGCUGCAAGGCACGGAUCCGGAGAGCGUGCAUCUGACGCAGAAGUUACGACUUACGCAAAAGAAAGUCCUAGCACAGAGUGAAAUGUUGGUUUUGAGAGAUCGCGAGCUGAAAGAGACGAAGAAUUUGUACAGCGCUGUUAAAGACAUGCUUGCGUUACAGCCCAGCCCUGAGAUACAGCAAACGUUGAACAGAACGCAACGUGCGCUUGCGCAGAGGACUACAAAGAUGAAAUGUCUUAUAGCCGAAUUAAACAUGCGUGAGCGACAAGUGACAGACUUGCGGCUGGAACUCGACAGAGUGAACGGUGAACUGAACUCGUCCAAGCAAAAGUACUUUGACAUGAAACGCGCGCUCGACGCCGACGAAGCGAGACGGCUGCGCGUGCCCACGCCGGCCACACCCGAACAAAAAUAA